UUCGCUCAUAAAACCGGGGCCUUAUCCAGGGCCACGCUGACAGAACUCCCACGGACACACCAUGAUUAGGACCCUGCUGCUGCUGUCUGCUUUGGUGGCUGGAGCCCUCAGUUGUGGGGUCCCCAGUUACCCACCUGGUAUGUCUAGGAUGUAUGGUGGUGAAGAAGCGAGGCCCAACAGCUGGCCCUGGCAGGUCUCCCUGCAGUAUAGCUCCAAUGGCCAGUGGUACCACACCUGUGGAGGGUCCCUGAUAGCCAACAACUGGGUCCUGACGGCCGCCCACUGCAUCAGCUCCUCCAGGACCUACCGCGUGGUGCUGGGACAGCACAACCUCUACACUGCAGAGUCCGGCUCGCUGGCCGUCAGUGUCUCUAAGACUGUGGUGCACCAGGACUGGAACUCCGACCAGGUCUCCAAAGGGUACGACAUUGCCCUGCUCAAACUGGCUAACCCCGUCUCCCUCACCGACAAGAUCCAGCUGGCCUGCCUCCCUCCUGCCGGCACCAUUCUACCCAACAACUACCCCUGCUACGUCACGGGCUGGGGAAAUCUGCAGACCAACAGGGCUGUCCCUGAUGACCUGCAGCAGGGCCGGUUGCUGGUUGUGGACUAUGCCACCUGCUCCAGCCCCCGCUCUUGGGGCAGCACCGUGAAGACCAAUAUGAUCUGCGCUGGGGGUGAUGGCGUGAUAUGUACCUGCAACGGAGACUCCGGCGGGCCGCUGAACUGUCAGGCAGCUGACGGCCGGUGGGAGGUGCAUGGCAUCGGCAGCCUCACGUCCGUCCUUGGCUGUAACUACUACUACAUGCCCUCCAUCUUCACACGGGUCUCCAACUAUAAUGACUGGAUCAAUUCGGUGAUUGCAAAUAACUAACCAAAAGAAGUCUCCGGGACGGUUUCAGACUUGGAAAGGUCCCAGAAGGAAAAUAAUAUUAUAUAAAGUGACAACUAUACAAAUCACA